GUCAAAUUUCCUAAUGAAGAGGCAAUGAGAAAGCUAACCAAGUUAAAGCAUCUUUACGUUGAGGAUUCCCUUCGUCUCAAAUCAAAAGGGAUAGGGAGGUUAACCAGUCUGCAAAAGCUAGAUGUGUUUCAUCUAAAUGGUUAUAAAGGUGCCGACAAUGAAGGGACAUUGAAGUUGCAAGAUUUGAAAAACUUGAACCAACUUGAAGGAAGUCUUUCCAUUGCACACUUAGAGUCUGUGGAAGAUGCGAGUGAGGGUGUAAAGGCAUGUUUGAGCGAGAAACAUCUCCUUCAUCUGGAACUAGAUUUCGUAUGUCGCAAGGCAUGUGAUAAGUGGGGGAGAGAAGAAGGGACGGGCCAAAAUGAUAGAGAAAUACUGAAUGGGUUGCAACCACAUGGAGAUUUGGAAACAUUGAGCAUUCGGCACUGUCAGCUGGCUACUUCCCCGUGUCCCAAUUGGAUCUUGUCUUUACGUAAUCUGACAAAUCUUGAGCUUCAGAUUUUCCGUAAUUGUGAGCUGCUUUCGGGUCCAUUUGGGAGAUUGCCGUCGCUUGAAUCACUUAAAUUUCACAGGAUGGAGAAAGUGAAAAAGGUGGGAGUGGAGUUUUUGGGAAUUGAUGAAAGAGAAUUACAAUCAUCCUCCUCCUCCUCGUCUUCUCUUAUUUUAUUCCCCAAAUUGAAAAGCCUCCAGUUCGAGGGUAUGCAAAUGUGGGAACAGUGGGAUGGAGUGGGAGGGGAUUUUCAGAAUAAUAUUACCAUAAUGCCCUCCCUAUCUCUCUUACGUUUUUUCUUGUGCGGGGAACUUGGUACGCUGCCCGACUUCCUGCGCAAGACACCACUACAGACAAUGAUCAUCGGCGUGAUGUCAACUCUCAGAUUUAGAAUCAAGGACAAAACAAGUGAGGAGUGGGCCAAGAUUUCUCACGUCCCAGACAUCAGAUUAUCUUACGACCGAAGGAUUGAAUUACCAGAUGUGGCGAUUUGAUGACCACCUCAGUUUCACUUCUAUCUCUUCCAGGAUUGGGAGGGUCGAGCCUCCAAGUUGUAAUGGCUGGAUUCCCUAAUACCGAAUGCCCCCAUCCUCAGGAAAUUGCUUUGGCUCCCACAGCAAGCUAAAAGCAUUUACAAUGGCAUUGGAAUUUCAAGCUGAUGGUUGAUAUACCAAGUAGUUUACAAUCAGGUCCUCACCAACAUUAGGUAUGAGAGAGAAUUUAAGAGUGUGACCCUGAAUUCCAUUCCACGGAGAGGAUGACCCUAGAUGGCUUGUAAACAUCAAACUGGUAACAUUUGACAAAGGAUAACAUAGAAGAUUAGCAGUUCGUUGAAUGCUCCAUAAUAAGAUAAAGCAGCCGAGGCAUGUGUUCUAGUGUCGGCACUUGCAGUUAUUUCAGGAAGCUUUGGGAGGUUGUGACCGUGAGCUCUCAUGCAAGGAAAUUCAACACCCGAUUUUUUCUUUGGUUGUACCUAGGAAUGUUAUAAUCUACUUAAGGCGAUCAGUGGGUAGUGAAAUUAAUAGUAACAUCAUUCAUCAUGUGGAUAUUGCUUCUGGCUUGAACCCUAGACAUGUCAGCACUUGCUACUAAACCAGUUGAAUGCGACUGCUGUGUCACAGACAUUUGAAAGCAGUUCUUUUUGUGGUUUAUUUAUCUGUCCUUGCCGGAUCCACUUCCGCCCUUCUAUCCCUUAAGUUCACUUGUGUUUGGCUCCCAUCACUCUUGACAAGGUUGAAAGAUAGCUGAGAGCGGUCGUAGGUGUUGACAAAGAAGCUGCAAACAUCAACCACAAUGCAGAUCAGGAAAAAAUAAAGGGAUUAGGGAGGUCAACCCUCGAAGUUUUAAUGACCGACUCCUUAAGACCAAAUACCUUCAGCCUCAGCUACUCCUUAAUGAUUCAAAUUUACAACAUGCUACAGGUACAGCUCAAAUUGAAGCCUAAAGCAUUUUGAAUGGAUUGGAAUUUUCAAGCUGAUGAGAAGCUACUCUGGCCUCCUUUUUCAAUUCUUUUGGAACAAGGGGAAAUAUGCCAAGAGGAUGGGCCUAGUGGACAGCUCAUUGUAGUACAACUCAUAUUGUAACAUGACGAGCUUAAUGUAUAAGAUCUUCUCAAGUACUUUUGAAAUUAUGUGGAGGGAGAAUAGGGAGGUCAGGUCUUUUUAGUUCUGAUGAUUGGAGUCCACUGAUGAGAUGAUCCCUAACCCUUGUAGACUACAGAGGAAUUCUUCACACAACCUCGUACUGUAUUUAAUCUAAAAGGAUUUACGAAGGCAUUGAGACUUUCAAGCUGGUGGGUGGAUAUAUGCUUUGGUGAUGUCAUCAUAAGAUCAUUCAACUGUAGUCCAGCUAGAGAAGUUGAAUCAUCUGCAAAACAGCAUUUUAUUUCAGAGGUUUAUCUAACAAUGAGAAUGCACCAUCAAGAAAACUCUGCACCCAUUGAUGAUGAGGUUCUUACUAAACCUAGAGCAGUUAAGAGUGGAUGUGAUCCUGAAUUCCAUUCCAUGGAAACACUGGGGACGACUCUAAAUGGCUUGUAAACAUUGAACAGGAAGCUAUGGGAGUUUGUGAUCAUGAGCCGUCACGCGAGGAAGUUCGACACCAGAUUGUUUCGUUGGUUAUAUAUUUGUACCUAGGAAGGAAAAUAUUUAAGGCGACCAAAUAGUGGUGAAAUUGAUACUUACAUCAUUCAUCAUCUGGAUUGUGAUGAUAUUGUUUUGUGGCUAGUACCCAAGACUGUUCUGUUAUGCCAUCUAGAAACAAAUUUUCCGUGCCAGCACUUUCCACUGAGCUGAGAGAGUGUGCAAUGGUCUUCACAGACAUUUGAAAGCUGUUCUUUCUGUGGUUCAUCUUGCUGUCCCUACCGGAUCCUCCUCUGCUCUUCUAUCCCCAAAGUUCACCUGGUGAUGUGGUGCUGGAAACCUGUACAUCAAUUGCACAACACAUGAGUAGAGGUGCAACUAAAUUGGAAAGCAAAGCUACAUCUUUGUUUGGGAAUUAUAUUUAUACCAAUCUCGAUCACUCUAGCAUGGUGGUAAACCUCAAACUGCAGAAAACCAAAGCUGCUCUGCCAGACUCCUUUAUGAGUAAACUGAUCUCUUUUCUUGAGGACUAUUGUGUUCCUAUAGAGGAAAUUCUGAACCCAGCUAUCACUCAAUUAGACAUAAAAUUAGACAAAGUUGCUGGCUAUAUCUCAUCUCAUAGUCUGUAGUUUGCUGUGGAAUUAAUCAAAGCGGAAGAUUUCUGCGUUGGUUCAGCCUGUGAACCAUUAAUCAUUGGCUUAGGUCUUCAAAUGCUUUGUAAAUAGAUGAUUUUGUGAUGUGGAUGAAAUGCAUCCUGAUUGAUUUGCUUGACCACCCGCAUGUCCAAGCUGAUCAUUUAUGUUGUACAUCUUCUGAAUAACUUAAUCAAGUUUGAGGUAGUUCAUGAAAAAAUGAAAGGAAGGCUUUUUCUUUACUUAUUGAGUGGAAAUGUUGCAUCAUGUAUACUGAAACAAACAACAGGGAAAAGCAUUUUAUGUCAGAGGAUUAUAUAACAAUGAGAAUGCAUCAAGAAAACUCUGCACCCAUUGAUGGAUUGAUGAGGUUUUACCAAAGCUAUGUACUUUCUCUUCGCUUAAGUAGAUUCUCGAUCAUCAGUUGACCUUUGUAAUCUUUGAGAGGCUUGAUUAUUCGCAUGCUAGUUUGCCCACAUUAUACUUUGGCAUGGGAGACUAUUUUAUAUCCUAAUGACUUGAUCUUUUUGAGGUAUGAAAGAGAAGUUAAGAAUGGACGUCACUGUGAGUUCCAUUCCAUGAAAACACUAGAAAUGACUCUGAAUGGCUUGUAAACAGUGAACUGGUUACUUUUGACUUUUGUUAGACUUAGAUUAGCAGUUAGUUGAAAGUUCCAUAAGAUAUUGCUUCUAACUUUCUUGGUUUGUCUAAUGUACUAAGGUCGUUGCCUAGUAAAGUAGCUGAGGCAUCUCUUCGAGUGUCUCAACUUGAUCAAAUGUUUUUCAGGAAGCAAUGGGAGGUUGUGACCAUGAGCUGUCACGUGAGGAUGGUUGUGGUGUAUUUAAGGUGAUUAAUUGGUGGGGGAAUUGAUACUAACAUCAUUCAUCAUGUGGAUUGCGAUAAUUCUUGUGGCUUGCAUCGAAGACUGUUCUGGUAUGCCAUCCAGAAACACUUACCAAUUGGAUGUGUGCAAUGAUCCUCACCGACAUUUGAAAGCUGUUCUUGCUGUGGUUUAUUUUGCUGUCCCUUCCGGAUCCUGUUCCCCUCUUCUUUCCCCCUAGUUCACUUGGUGAUGACUGGAAACCCAUACAUCAAUUGCACAAUACAAGUAGAAGCAAAAAUAAAAAGGAAGCAAAGGUACAUAUUUGUUUGGAAAAUUCUACGUACUUAUGACCCUAGUAUGCCUUUGGCAAUUCAUCCGACAUAAAUGGUGGUCGACCUCAACUGCAGAAAAGCAAAGUUGCUCAGUGCCAGA